AUGACAUUCACACAAGCAGAUUUCAAGUCCAAUAUUCAAAAUUUAGACGACCCCGUAGUCAUCACAAUUCAAUUGGGAGAUCUACUAGUAAAAAAGGUACUCUUAGAUCCAGGGAGCAGCGCUGACGUUCUGUUUUAUUCUACAUUCCAGAAAAUAAAGCUAAGCGACAACAACCUGCAACCAACAGGAGGAGACCUUGUCGGUUUCUCAGGUGAACGAGUCCCAAUACUGGGAUCAGUGUGGUUGAGAACCACAUUGGGUGAGUACCCCCUAUCUAAAACACAUGAUGUUCAAUACUUAGUAGUAGAUUGCUUCAGCCCAUACAACCUUAUACUUGGCCGACCAUUCUUAAACAAGUUCGGCGCAAUAUUGUCCACUCUUCACCUUUGUGUCAAGUUUUCCAUGCAGGACGAACAUAUCGUAACCAUUCAUGGAGACCACAAAGAAUCACGGCAUUGCUAUAACAUCGGCAUGAAGUUUCAAAACGGUCCAAAACAACCUCAAAUCAACAACGUCCUCAGCACAACCAGCAGCUCGGAACUCACCGAUCUAGACCCUAGAGCGGACUUCCUUGAAUGA